CGAAAUAAGUAAGCAACGUAGACCUUUUCAUUCAGUAUCAAUCGAACUUCAAAGCAGAAAGCAUCAUAUUAGCACACUAAAUCCGAAGGGGGUGAAAAAAAGUGAUCAUGGGCUUUUUUGACACAGUAGUGGGAUGGGUCGGGCAAAACAAAGCUGUGACUAUCCUAUCGAUUCUUCUCUUUUCCUUCUUCAUAUCAACAAUUGCACUUGCUGUUCAGAAGAACAACCUUGCAGCUGAUUUGGAGACCUGUAAUGCAAAUACACCUGCACCACCAAAUGGCUUACAGCAUCGUCUUCCCUCCAAUGUUGUUCCUUCCCACUAUGACCUAUUGCUGCAUCCUGAUCUAGAAAAGCAGACCUUCACGGGGACUGUGACUAUUUCAUUCAAAGUCACUGAAAACGUACAGCGUGUUAUCUUGAAUUCGUUCAAGCAGACUAUCACGUCGGUGUCCCUGCUAUCCCCCACAUCUCAAGUAAUUGAGACGACACAUCAACUUAGCGAAGAAUAUGAAAGUCUGGUGGUUACUCUUAAAUCUGGCCAAUUAACGCCUACAACUGAUACCGUGUAUAAAAUCACAGUACAGUUUUCUGGGGAAAUGUCUGGCAAAAAUGUUGGUCUCUACAGCAGUAAAUACAUUAGAAGUGAUUCUCAACACGAAGUUACGAUAUCCUCAUCCAAAUUUCAACCCACAUAUGCCAGACAAGCUUUUCCGUGCUUUGAUGAGCCAGAAUUCAAGGCAACAUACAACAUAAGUCUCGUAAAGCCAAACGACGCUGAAUACAUUGCACUAUCAAACAUGCCAGUGAUCGAUACCGUAAAUGGACCAGACUCCAACCACCAAACUGUGUCAUUUGAACAAUCUCCAGCAAUGAGUACCUAUUUGGCUGUUUUCCUUGUGGCUGACUUCAAAGAAAAUCCUGUAGAGAUUGUGAAUCCAAUGGGAGAUAACUUUCAGUUGACUAUCUACCUGCCAGCGGGUCAAGAAUCAAAAGGAGACUUUGCAAAGAGUACUGCAAAAGAUAUAAUUGAAUACUACAUCAAUUAUUUUGAAAUUGAGUAUCCACUACCUAAAUUGGACAUGGCAGCCAUUCCAGAUUACGUAUCUGGAGCAACUGAGCACUGGGGUUUGGUUACAUUCAGAGAAACAUCCCUACUCUACGACGAAAACGAAGGUUCUGCAAGAAAUAGGCAGAGAGUAGCAUCAGUCAUUUCCCAUGAACUUGCUCACAUGUGGUUUGGAAAUCUUGUAACGUGUAAAUGGUGGAAUGAUGUUUGGCUCAAUGAGGGCUUUGCUUCCUACAUAGAGUACAAGGGAUUGUCUGUGAUAUCCGAACAAGAAGGAUGGCAAAUUGACGAGCAAUUCCUAAUUGAGGAUCUUCAUGGUGUUAUGGAAUUAGAUUCAAAGGUAGCAUCGCAUCCAAUUACCCAAGAUGCUACAACACCCGAUGAGAUCACGUCACUUUUCGAUAGCAUCGCAUACAACAAGGGAGCUUCCAUAAUCAGGAUGAUGGAGAGUUUUGUGGGGAAUGAAACAUUUAAAAGAGCCGUCCAUAAUUUCUUAAAUGAUUUUAAAUAUAAAUCAGUUGAAACUGCUGAUUUCUUCCACUACAUGGAUAAGGAGGCAACUGGCGGCAUUAAUGUUACAGAAAUUAUGUCUACGUGGAUUAAUCAGAAGGGCUAUCCAGUUGUUACUGUGAAAAAAUUAAAUGACAACACAUACGAACUAACUCAGGAACGAUUCUUGCUUAAUCCUGAUUCUAAGGCUGAUGAAACUGAAAAUUCACCUUUCCGUUGGCACAUUCCCAUUACUUACAUUACAGACGUUGGUGCUAGCGAGAAAGUGGAAUGGUUUAAGCCCAAUGAAGAUAAGCAUCAACUCAAUGUAGGUAGCGCAUCCAAGUGGAUUAAAGUAAAUAAUAAGCAGGAGGGCUACUACAUUGUUAACUAUGAUAAUUGGAAUGAAAUUAUUGCUGAACUGGAGAAUGAGCAAAGCAAAUUCAGUCCUUCUGAUAAAGCACAACUAUUCCAUGAUGCCUUCAAGCUUGGUGAUUCUAUGACUAUUCCCUACAAUGUACCAUUGGAUCUCUCAAAGUAUCUACAGAAAAUCAAUGAAACAGAAUACGUUCCAUGGUCCGUGGCUACGAGUAAAUUUUCAUCUCUGUACGCUCUGUUUGACUAUUCUGCGGUCUUUCAAAAAUAUUUGACACAGCAAAUUGAAUUCAUUUACGAUUUUGUUGAUCCAGAAAAACUUGAUGAAGAUACUAAUGCAGAUCACCUAAAGAAAUUACUUAGAGAAAAAAUCAUGAACUUAGCUUGCAAAUUGGGUCAUUCCAAAUGUAAAAAUUUCGUCAGAGAUGAAUUUAGGAAAUAUUCGGAAAGCUUAGGCGGCAGUAGUGCACCAGUUAAACCAGAUGUGGAUAUUCGACAAGCUGUUUACUACUACGGAAUGCAAGAUGUUAGUAGUUUAUUAGAAUGGGAAAAAGUAUACAAUGAAUUUUUGAAAGAAACUGAUCCUCAAGAACGAGCUAAAUUAAUGGAAGCAUUAGCUGCGCCAUCGUCCCAACCUCUACUGGAAAAUUACUUAAGGAUAGCUCAGAUAAAGGAUGGUCCAAUAAAGCAACAGGACUACAUGACUGUAAUGCAGUACAUUGCCUACAAUCAAUAUGGUGAGAGUAUUGUUUGGGAUUAUGUGAGAAAUCAUUGGGAAAAUAUCACCGAUAUCAUUGACAUCAAUAACCGAAAUCUUGGUCGUAUGAUCCCAAAUAUUACAAAACGCUUUAGUACUCAAGCUAAAUUGAAUGAGUUGGAUGCAUUCUUUGCAAAAUACCCAAAUGCGGGAGCAGGUGCAGCAGCCCGCGUUGAGGCUCGGGAAACCAUCAUGUACAACAUAAACUGGAUAACACACAAUAAGGCAACGAUUGAUAAUUGGUUGAAAGAAAAUGUUCCUCAACACUGCGAAAUGGUUCACAAUCCAGCAAGUUUGGUGCGCCCAUCAUCCGUUUCGAACUUUUCCCGCCAAGAUUCCAGUAGUUUCCAAAAGAGUCACUCACUUGUGGUGUCUCUAGCUACCAUUUGUGUUAUACUCGCAAUCCUCUUGUGUAUAGUGGUGACUGGGUUGGUGUUAGUUGGUCGAAAUCUGUCAAGGAGUUCGUUCUCAUCUGCACUCGCUGUAAGAAAUUCUUCCGGUCAAGUGGGUGGACAGGAUAUAAAUUCCCUUGCUAAUCGUUCCAUACUAACACUGCAGAAUUCAGUACAAACUCAAGAAGCAACCGGGAUCAGUGGUUUGGACGGAGUAAUGGCAUCAAUGAGAUUAUCGAGUGUUGCUACGAAGAUUGUGGAGCAAUUAACCUUUCGGUUGCCGGGUGAGGUGAGACCAAAGAAGUACAAUUUGCACCUGCAUCCCAAUCUUGUGGAAAAUACUUUCUCUGGAAAUGUAUCGAUAGACCUGGAGAUUUCCAAGCCAGUUUCUUUUAUUGCUGUGCACACAAAGAAAUUAUCCAUCCAAUCUACAACCCUCACCCAAAAGCAAGAUUCAGCCAACUCAGUGCCUCUCGAGGAGACGUUCGAAUAUGAACCCCUCGAGUAUUGGGUCACAGUGCCCAAGAAUACCAUCCAGGAAGGACAAUACCAGCUCAACAUGUCCUUCAAUGGAAGCCUUAUUAAUCGAAUUGUGGGUUUCUAUGCCAGUACGUACUUCAAUCCACAGCAAAAUGUGAAGAGGACAAUUGCAACGUCGAAAUUCGAGCCAACUUAUGCAAGGCAGGCGUUUCCGUGUUUCGACGAACCCGCCAUGAAGGCUCCAUUCAGAAUCAGUAUCAUCCGUCCAACAGGCGACAAUUACAUCUCACUGUCCAAUAUGAAUGAGGAGAAUAGUGAGGAGCGGGGCAACGAAACCGUGUCGCAUUUCGCUGAAAGUGUUCCCAUGAGCACCUACUUGGCGUGCUUCAUUGUCUGUGAUUUUCUCCAUAAAGCCGAAACCGUGAAGACUCAGGGUAUUGGCAAGGAUUUCCAGCUGAAGGUGUACGCGACCCCAAAUCAACUGAACAAAACGGAUUUUGCCCUGAAGACUGGCGUGGGAAUUGCUGAGUACUACAUCCAAUACUUUCAGAUAGGAUACCCACUACCGAAAUUAGACAUGAUUGCCAUUCCUGAUUUUGUGUCCGGUGCAAUGGAGACAUGGGGUUUGAUAACUUAUCGAGAGACAGCCCUUCUCUACGAUCCACUAAUCAGUUCUUCGGUAAAUAAACAGCGUGUAGCCAGCGUAAUUGCCCAUGAAUUGUCACACAUGUGGUUUGGAAAUCUCGUCACAAUGAAAUUUUGGAAUGAUUUGUGGCUAAAUGAGGGUUUUGCAUCCUACAUCCAGUACAAAGGCUGUGAUCACCUCUUCCCAAUGUGGGGUAUGAUGGAUCAAUUCUUGAUUGAGGACCUUCACUAUGUGUUCCGAAUUGAUGCCUCCCUGGCGACGCAUCCAAUUGUCCAGAGUGUGGCUAAUCCCGACCAAAUUACCGAAAUGUUCGAUGUGAUUUCCUACAAUAAGGGUGCGUCAGUUAUACGAAUGCUGGAGGACAUAAUUGGCAAGGAUAAUUUCCAAAAGAGCAUCACCAAGUAUCUCGAAGCACACAAAUACGGAAAUGCCGAUACGAAUGAUUUAUUGACGCAAAUUGAAAAGCUAAACUUGGAUUAUGAUAUUAAGUAUGUGAUUGACACGUGGACCAGGCAGGGAGGUUUUCCUGUUGUUACGGUGGAAAAGCUAAAUAAUUCAACGUACAAAUUGACACAGAAGCGUUUCUUUACAAAUCCUGAAAAUGAUAUCUCAUCAGCACCUCCAUCAGAGUACAACUAUCGUUGGUACAUCCCAAUAACUUACUAUACAGAUAGAGACUCAACGGUGCAGCGGAAGUGGUUCCCUAACUCCGAUACUGAAGCGGAAAUUGUGAUUGAGCAUCCACACAACUGGAUGAAGAUCAACAAAGAUCAAAUUGGCUAUUACUACGUUAACUAUCCCGAAGAGAUGUGGAAGUCUCUCGCGUCUGCCUUGAUCGAAGACAAGAAUGCCCUUUCUGUGUCUGAUCGAUCGCAAUUGUUGAAUGAUGUCUUCUAUUUGGCUGACGCCACGCAGAUCUCAUAUGAGAUCGCACUGAAUUUGACUAAAUACCUCAAGAAUGAAGAUCAAUAUGUGCCAUGGGUGGUAGCGAUCAGUCGUCUAAAAAAUAUUUACAAUUUAAUGUAUCAAACAGAUUUAGUACCACAGGUGGAGAAAUACUGUUUGCAGCUGCUCGAGAAGGUGUAUCAAUCAGUUGGAUGGACUGUGAGUGAAGAUGAUCACUUGAGAAAUCGAUUGAGAGGAAAAAUUUUGGAACAAGCCUGUGCAAUGGGGCACCAAGAAUGUCUCAGUUAUGCAGGCAGGGAAUUUGAAAAGUGGCUUCAAGAUCCUUCAAUUCGUCCACAUCCUGAUCUCCGUAGUGUGGUCUAUGAGUAUGGAAUGGUAGCCGUUGGCAACAGGGAAAAAUGGGAUAAAGUUUGGGAAAUGUAUCUAGCGGAAACAGAUGCCCAAGAGAAGAAUAAACUAAUGGCCUCGCUUUGCGCUAUAAAGGAUCACGCUGUACUCAACCGAUUCAUCACACUCUGCUGGGAUGAAAAGAAUGUUCGUGGUCAAGAUUACUUCUUGGCUAUUAUCAGCAUUGCCAAUAAUCCUAUUGGGCAGAAUCUUGUGUGGGAUUAUGUGCGUGAAAAGUGGGAGUCCUAUGUAAAUAGAUUCGGGCUCAAUGAGCGUUAUUUGGGUCGAAUGAUUCCUGCCAUAACAAAGCGCUUCAAUACAAAUCUUAAAUUGGAAGAAAUGAAGAACUUCUUUGCCAAAUAUCCCGAGGCUGGAGCUGGAACUGCGGCACGAAAGGAGGCACUGGAAAAUAUCUCUGGGAAUAUCAAGUGGCUUCAAAAUAAUAAAAAUAUUGUCAUUGAAUGGUUCACAAAAAAUGUUUAAGCUUGCUUUUUCUUAUGAAUUUUGAAAUAAAGAAAAUUGAGAAAUAAA